AUGAAGAUCUGCGUGCUCCACCCGUCGUACGAUGGUUCGCUGUCGCCCUGCAACGGGCUCGAUCCGGACGCCGUUCCUCAGCUGUGGCUGGACCCGCCAGAGCACCAUGUCACGUCCGUGCACCUGCAUAAGGCUACAGCCGUUAAGCAGCUCAUCGCGCUCACUCGCCGCCAGCAAUCCAGUCGUCAAUUCGCGGGUAAAUUACCCUCGGGAGGGCAACCAGCCCCGGGUAAUGGACUACCCUCGUGCGACAACCCCCUCCCGCGGCAGGGCCUGACGGAAGGAGAACAACAGCCGCUGGCGCAGCUAGAUCUACAAGAGGAACAGCCACGCGAUGCUCGUUCCAGCGGUGACAGCUCCACGAGCUCCGCAAGCCGCAGCGCGAGUUCCAGCAGUAAUGGCAGUUCCACCAGCGAUGGUUCCAGCCUUGGCAGCAGCGCCGUGGAUGAUGAGGAUUCUACCACCGAUGCAUCUGCACCGUUCGAUGUGUUUUUGAAUCUCUGCGACGGCGCGUGGGACGAGGAUCGGCCGGGGAUAGAGGUCGUGCAGGCUCUAGAGCGGCUCAACGUGCCCUUCACAGGGGCGGAUUCGCACUGCUAUGAGCCCAGUAAGGAGCAGAUGAAAAUCGUGGCCGUUUAUCACGGGGUUCCCACGCCCCCCUGGCGUGUGUGUUAUGAUUCGCGGGAUGUGGAGGAAGCUGCGAGGGUGCUUCGCAUGCCUGUGAUUGUGAAACAUGCAAGUGGGUACAAUAGUGUGGGGAUGACGCGGGAUUCCAAGUGCGGGACUGUAGAGGAGCUGAAGACGCAAGCGGGUGUGAUGAUAACGAGUUUUGGGUCUGCUAUGGUGGAGGAGUUUGUCGCAGGGCGUGAGUUCACUGUGCUUGUAUCAGAGGAUCCUGAAGCGGGGACAGCAACAGCAGCAGAGCAGAAACCUGCAAGUGCAAAGCAAUCAGGCGGUGUGUUUGUGUAUGCGCCAGUGGAGUGCGGGUUCCCUCCAGGCGAGGAGUUCAAGCACUUUGACCUCAAGUGGGUGGAGCACGAGGGGCUGCAGUGGCGGCGCGUGGACGAUGAGGGCAUGGAUGCGAAGCUGAGGAGCAUGGCAGCUACCAUGUUCACUGCUCUGGGGGGUGUUGGCUAUGGAAGGCUCGACAUCCGAGCCGAUGCCGAAGGAAACGUCUAUUUUCUCGAGAUGAACCCCAACUGCGGCAUCUUCUACCCUCCGGACCAGCAGGGAAGUGCGGACUUUAUCCUCUCGCUCGACCCGUCCAACGACCACCGCUCCUUUCUGCGCCGCAUCCUGCUGGCUGCUGUGCAGCGCUGGGAGCGCAGGCAGCCCUCUGUCCUCGUUAAGCAGUGCUCCAGUACACCAGCUACUCCUCAAAACAGUACCUCUUCCCCUACUGCUGCACCUGCUGCAUCCGCUGCACCUGCUGAAACUUCUGCAGAGGUAUCUGCUGGCAACAACUCCCAACUCACCCCCACCGCCCCACACAAGCCCGCUCGCCCCUACUCCCCGCCCAGCUUCGGUCUCUUCGCCGCCCGCGACUUCACCCCAGGUGACACGAUCGAGCUCCUGGAAGAGGCCCCAGUGCACCUGGUGACACGUCAGCAUGUGGAGAAGCACUGGUCGGCGCAGCAGCAGCUGUGGUUCCGGCAGUAUGCGUGGCCGGUGGGGCCGGGAGUGUGGGCUAUGUGGAGCCCAAAGGCAGAGGACUGGAAGCCUCUGAACCACUCCUGUGACCCGAACGCGUGGUUGGAGGGCCUGAAUGUGGCGGCGCGGAGGGCGAUAGGCAAGGGCGAGCAGAUCACCAUCGACUAUGCCACCUUCUGUGUGGACAGCGAGCCCUUCCCCUGCUCCUGCAGCAGCACCAAGUGCCGUGGCACUGUCACAGGGACCGACUAUCUGGCCCCCUGGCUGUCUUCUGAGUAUGGAGAGCACAUGUCAGCACAAGUGCUGUACCUUAGGAAGCAGGCUUAA